AAAUACAUAAAGUGCAUUCAGUUGUAGCAGUAUGUAAAUGGUGUUGAGAAGGGAAUGAAGUUUAAUUUUCUCCUUCCGAUGUGUUUGACAAGUGUUUUAAUACGACUGAAUGUUAAGAGGCUACAGGAGCUUGUGUUAUUUUCUGUCUUUUCUUCCUGUUCGAUAGGUAAAGCUCCUGUGGGGUCAAAGGUCACGAAAGAGAGAGUGGGUCUGGUGGUUCUUGGCGCUCUGUUGGCAGCUUCUCUCAUCGUCAUCUACAGAGUCUCUUUUGAAAACUUCUGGACCAACAGACGUCUCCAAACACUGAAAGAGGAGACUGAAGCUUUAAAGAGAAACUGCUCAGAUAAACCAAGUCCAGUUUGUGAUGAAGCAUGGGAACGUCAUGGGGAGAAGCAAUAUUAUUUCAGUACUUUCAAAUCAUCCUGGAACAUCGGUAGACGGUUCUGCAAAGAGUUCGGUGCAGACCUGGUGAAGAUCGACAGUGAGGAGGAGCAGCGUUUUCUGUUGAAUAAAGUGAAAGACAUCAUGACUAAGGAUGAGGAUAAAUUCUGGAUCGGACUGACAGACUCAAAGACAGAAGGGAAAUGGGUGUGGGUAGACGGCUCACCACUGAAAAAGAGAUUACAGUUUUGGUGGAAUGAUAGAAGAAAUAUGGAGCCAGACAACUGGACAGGCGAAGAUCCAGAUGGAGAAGACUGUGUGAGGAUGGGGGAGUUAGGACCAGUCACUAAGUUAAAUCGUUGGCUUGAUAAAACCUGCAAAAUGGCUCAGAGAAGCAUCUGUGAAAAACCAGCAAAAAGACGUCAGUGAAUUAAAGCAGGUGUCAGUCCUGCAGCGUGGACACAGAACACAGUGAAGUCAUUAUAGAU